AAGAAUUAUGCGGGCAAUUUCAGACAGCGCAAUAAGCUCCACUUUUUGUUUCGCUCAAAUUUUAAUGAACCUACUUCUCUCUUCUGUUAUUUCGGACGAUCGACUGUUUCAGUUUUUGAUUAGUGAAAUUUUUAUUGCAAGGUAUAAAUUUUAACAGCAAUGACCGACCAUGAAAAGUCGAAUGUCCAGCGUCUCCGAUCAAUUCGUAAAUCUCUUGUGGCGAUUCGCCUGUUGGCUCUGGGAGACCAUCGAGCUCGUCCUAAUCGUCAUAUUCGACUGCUUAGCGAGGCUAAUUGAGCUAAUACUCGUGAUGAUGAAAUUAAUAUUUCAGGUAAUCUGCUUCAUCAGGGAUUUAUGCAUCGACGCGAUGCAGACAUUCGCUAAUGUUUUCCGAGGGAUCGUUAACGUCAUUAGCAGUAUCAGUUGCGACGACAUCGAGGACUUCGCCUCCGCCUGCAUUGUCGUUGUUUUGUGCACCGGGGCCAUCAAGAUGGUCAUGGAUCUUCUCAAGAGGAGUCCAAGUUUUAGAGAAUAA